AUGGCGUUUACUCGCGAGGAACGGCUCAAAUUAGCGGAUAUUGAUCCUGAGCUCGCUGAGACACUAAAAAAAAUAACCAUCCCCCCAAUCCCCGAAGAUGCCAACCCAGACGCAGUCAUCGCUCGCGUACGCGCAUACAUGAAAGCCCAACACAAAGCUCCAGACCCAGACAGUGGCGUCACCGAGCAGGACAUAUUCUACCCUGCGCGGGACGGGCAUCAACUACGCGCACGAGUCUUCCAGCCAUCUGAAGCACCAGCCGCAUCAUCCCCGGCUCCCCUACUAGUAUAUUUCCACGGCGGUGGAUGGACCAUCGGAUCCCCUGAAGACACCGCACCAAGCUGUCGCCGCCUAGUGCAAAACCUGGGCGUAGUCUGCAUCGCGCCUAAAUACCGACUGGCUCCCGAACAUCCGUUUCCGGCUGGGAUCAAUGAUGCAUGGGAUGCGAUACGAUGGAUUGCAGCAAACGCCGAGUCCGUGCUAUCAUCAUCAUCAUCUUCUUCUUCUCUGCCAUUUCCUGUGUCGUUAUCGCGCGGCUUCCUCGUCGGCGGCUCCUCUGCUGGAGCCAAUCUAGCAGCUGUCCUGGCCCAUCUUGCGCGCGAUGAUGGCGCAGAAACCCUCAAGCAGCCUAUUACAGGCUCCUUCCUUCUAUCACCCAUGAUAAUGCCCCCGGAGACCGUCAACACACUCCCCGCAGACUGGAAAUAUAAAGAAAUCUACCUCUCACGCACGCAGGACGCAUGCAAGAAAGACCCCAUCCUUUCACCGGUUUUGCAAAAGAUUUUCUAUACGUCGGUAAACGGUGACCCUCGCUCACCCCUAUUCGCGCCCUAUAUAUGGCCAACGGGCCAUGCAAACUUGCCGCGAACGUAUCUCCAGGUGUGCGGAAUGGAUGUGUUGCGCGAUGAAGAGCUUAUUUAUGAGCAGGUGCUGAGGGAGGAGAAUGGUGUUGAGACGCGGUUUGAUAUCUACCCGGGUAUGCCGCAUACGUUUUGGAAUAUGUUUCCGAUGUUGACACAGGGGAAGAAGGCAGCGAAAGAUCUGGAGGAAGGGGUGAGGUGGUUGUUAAGGACUGAAUGA